CGACAGCGCAGCUUUGAUGACACCGAAUCGACAGAUGGCUAUAAUCUGCCCUAUGCGGCGGCGGGCACCAUGCGCUAUGAGAACAUCUACGAGCAGAUACGCGAUGAGCCGUUGUAUCGCACCACAGCUGCAGCGGCAACAAGUCGCGUGCCGCUCUAUACGCGCCUGGAUGUGCUGGGCCAUGGCAUCGGACGCAUCGAACGGCAUCUGAGCUCCUCCUGCGGCAACAUAGAUCAUUACAAUCUGGGCGGACACUAUGCGGUGCUGGGACAUUCGCAUUUCGGCACCGUGGGUCACAUACGUCUGAAUGCGAAUGGUGCUGCAGCAGCCAGCAAUAAUGCCAGCACCUGCACUGUGCCCAAUUGCCAGGGCUAUCUGGCUGGCGGUGGUGUUGCUAGCGCUGGUGUUGGUGGUGCAAGUGCUGCUGCCGCUGCUGCUGCUGCAGCCGCCGCAACGGCGGGCAUGGACUAUGGCCAUGUCAAGGUGCCGGUCAAGAAUAGCGCCUCUUCCUUCUUCAGUUGCCUGCAUGGCGGGAACUCGCAGAGCAUGACAAACAUAUAUAAAACCACGGCUGCUGCAGUUGCUGCGGCACACCACUGUUCACCACUGACGCCCAAUGUCUCCAUGGAGCGUGCGGCACGCUCUGCAUCCGCCGGACCCGCCACAGCAGUUAUAGCAGCAGCAGCUGCUGCAGCUGCCGAUGAGCAGCAGCUAAGCGGCGGUGGCGACAGCGUGUGCAGCUCGACCACAGCAAUGCGACCCACGGGCGCUAUACCCAAAAUAAAAACCACCAGCAAAGCGGCCAAGGAGUCCAGCACAGCAGCAACUGCUGCCAGUUCGAGUGGAACCGAGAAGUCAGCAACUGGAGCGGCGCCCAAGAGCGCUGCGCUGGCCAAGAAAACAACAAUGGCAACAACAACUGCAACGCGCUCGAACUCCUCCUCCUCGGAUGCCGGCAAUGGCACCUUGAAUCGCAUCUCCAAGUCCAGUCUGCAGUGGCUGCUGGUCAAGUGGAUGCCACUGUGGAUUGGCCAGGGACCCGAGUGCAAGGUUAUUGACUUCAACUUUAUGUUCUCGCGCGACUGCGUCAAUUGUGACACCGCCUCGGUGGCCUCACAAAUGUCCAAUCCGUAUGGCACGCCACGCUUGGGUCUCGGCACACUGCCGCAGGACAUGAUGCGCUAUCAGGGCAGCACCGCCAGCAUGCGACGGGAUGCCAAUGGAGCUGCUGCUCGACCGCUGCACAGCAAUUUGAGCCGCUUGCGUUGCGGUGCCGACAAGCGUCAGAACCUGACGGCAGGCAACAGCUGCAGCAGCAGCAGCUAUCGUCAUGAGGAUCCCUUCUAUGAGAACGUGCACGUACAGUGGCAGAAUGGCUUUGAGUUUGGACGCUCGCGCGAGUAUGAUGCCAGCUAUAAUCAACAGCAGCGGCCGCUGCUACAACGCACACGCUCUGAGAGUCCCACGUUCAGCAAUCAGCAGCGACGCAUGCAGAGCGCCGCGGCACAAGUGCAGGCACAGAACUGCCAACAAUCAGCCAAGCUGGCCGAUCCUUUCAAGAACUACGAACUGAAUGUGGAUAACAAUAGUUUUAAGCCCAAGCAGCCGGCGGCAAUGGAGCUGUGCGAUGAGCUGGAGGGCGCUGUCGGUGGUGCAGCUGCCGAAUCGGAUGCAGAGCAAACGUUUGAACCCCCAAAUCCGAGUGAUAACGAGACUGAAACAACGACUUCAACAACAACAACAACAACAGCAACAACAACAAACAGCCAACAGCAUAACAAUGCAAAUGCCGCAACGUCUAGCAACAACAAUGCAAGCACUCAAGAAGCAAACGACUAA